UACUAAGGUAUCUGAAUGCUAUUUACAGGUUUACCAGGCGCCCAUAUGCUGCAGCAGUUAUCUGGUUGAUGUGUGCUUCCGGAGACGUGCUCGGUGUUAUGCUCACCCCAAGAUCUUUCUCCUUGAGCGAGGUUUGCAGUCUUUGGCCACCUAGCCUAUACUCUGUCUGCGGUCUUCUUUGCCCUUCCCGAUCUUCAUGACUCUGCAUUUGACAGGGUUAAAUUCGAGAAGCUAGUUGCUGGACCAGGUGUCCAGCCUGUCCAGGUCUCUUUGAAGUCCUGCCUGUGUAGUCCCCCCUUUUAUAGUUUGGCUUUUCCCAUUCAACUCCUGUUACCCUCUCCACUUGUAACUCUGCUAUGUAAUCAAAACUCAGGACCAUGUGAUCAGUAGCCUCUCACAUGUGAUGUCCUCAAUAUCUUUCUGACAGUAUAUAAAUCUCUUUCUCACGUCUUGGUAUAAAAUUAAUAAAGCCCCUGUUAGGCAAAACAUCUUUAAUAAAAAUACCCAGGAGUUAUACAUGUGUCUUGUUCAUCAUCUUGUUAGUAUUAUAAAUGUACCUUUGAUCUAGUUAAGUAAGUAAGUAAGUAAGUAAGUAAGUUUAUUCAGGUAUACACAAAUACAGUUACAUAGAAUUAUCAUACAUAGCAGCAUAUGUGUAGAGAACCUAGGAUAACCCAAAAAAGUCAGACAGAGUUAUAACCCUGGGUACUCCAAUGUAAACAGUGAAAGGAGAAAAACACUCCGACCCUUAAUACAUGUACCUGGUAAUCUUAAGUCUAAGUAAUAGAAAAUUUAGAUAUUAAGCAUAACUGUCCAUUUAAGAUUUAUCUUGUUAAGUUUCUCUGGUUUAGUGUACCAUGGUCUGGUAGGCAAUGCUUUUGCUUCACACACACAGAGUAUCCAUAGUUCAAUCCCUGGUAAGGGUGGAAACACUGGGCAUGUUUCCUUACACCUGCUGUCCAGUUCACCUAGCAAGUAAGUAGUAGGUACCUGGGUGCUAGUUGAAUGGUGUAGGUUGCAUCCUGGGGGACAAGAUUGUGGACCCCAGUGUAAAUAAGACAGACAGUCCCUCAAUGAUGCAUUGCCUUUCUUAGAUAUCCUGGGUGGCUAACCCUCCGGGGCUAAAAAUCCAAACAAAAUCUUAUCUCUCUUAUCUUAUCUUACCUAAUUCUUUUAAAACCCUUUAGGGGGCAGUACCGAGUGUGCUCGGACCUGAACGUAUGGUUUUUGCGCAUGUCCUCCUACUCCCCCCGUGCAUCUGGGUUCCCAUUCUCUAUUUCUGACCAAUCAGAAGCCUUCGCUGAGUCGCUCCAGCUAAGUGGCGAUGGCGUUUCCUUGCUUCCCAUUGGUCGAGAGAGCAAAAUGUAAACACUUCUAGCUUGGCGUCACCCUGACACGUUUUUUUCGUCGAGUGCUCCUCAUAUACUUUUGCAUUUCACCCUCUACAAUGUCGAUCAAUCAGAAAUUGUUCUAUGGUGAGUCCUCCAAGGAUAAGUCGAAAUUUGUCUGUGUUUGGGAUGUAAGUGACUCAGGUCAAGACCCAGAUGACCUGCAAUUGGUGCAGUGGUGAUGAACUGUCAAACUUGGAAUUCCCAUCUGGAUUUCGGUUCCAACGUGCAGAAAGGCCAGAUGACAGUGUGAGGUUGGAUAGACAACUAGGUCACUGGCCAGUGCUAGUUUAAGAAUGGGAGUAGUUAGUUUCCAUGCUGACUUUGUGUCAGUCAUGAUGAUGGUGAUGACAGUGGCAAUGGCUGCCUAUGAACGAACUGAAUUUAUAGUGACAUCAGAAUCGCCCUUCUGCACACCAUUCCCAGGCUUCCUCACCUGUGACUUCAAAGAAGCAGAUAAGACUGCAAUUCUUGAGGAAGUAAAUCAGGUCAACAAGAUUUUUGUGCACAACGUGCAAGAGCUGGUAGUGGUGAGCAAUGGGUGUGUUAAUCUGGCUAUCUACAAUGUAGCCAGGGUGACCUUCAACAGCACCAUACACUGCCUACAGCAAGACCUCUCACUUAAACUGGUAAACUCAGGCACUAACCUAGUCCCUGGCUAUAUCAGUCAUCUUGACUUGGCUGGAUCCUCAGCACAGAAAGUUGUCUGUCAUAAUAAGCUUAAAUUUCUUAAUAUUAUAAAUUCAAAUGUGGGAGUGUUAGACAUUCUUCAACCUUUACAUAAGGUCACAGUUAAACUUGAAGAUUCCAAGAUUGAUACCUUAACAAGCUUGAAAUUGGAUAGUAAAUCACAAUUAUUGAUGAGAAAUGUAACCAUUAAUACAUUAGGUAAGAACAGUAUACAUGUGCUGGAAGCAUCUGCAAAUAUAUGGAUUAGUAAUAUCAAGUCCUCACUUGAUCAAGCAAUAACACUCGGUCCAAAAUCCACCUUAUCCAUAAAAGAUGUGUAUGGUAAAGUAACAUUUGCUGGACUUAAGGAUAUCAAUGGUAAGGUAACAGCGACUGAAUCACAAAAUGCUAAUAUUAAUGAAGUAUCCAAUGGGCUACAAGAUGUAUCUAAAAUCUCUGGUUCCACUGUGCCCAAGGUAAUGUCCCGGCACCGGGAGGCACUCCCACAACUUUCAUCCAAUGAACAUUUGCCAUCCUUUCACUGUAGCCACUUAUCCCACUUUACAUGGAUUCUUCCCACACUACUGGCUAUAGCAGAGGCCCUCAUCAUUAUUUUCAACUGCACUAACUGGUUCCCAGCACUCAAGAGCAGAUACUAUAGGCAAGGGGUGGAAGAGGGUAUCCGUGGCAAGGGUAUUAGCAGAGAAAGAGGGGUAAACUACUCUGAUUCUACUUGCUACUUUAACAGAGAAACCACAGCUCCAUUUUACACUAAUACACGACAGAGAAUGAAUGAUAAAGAUGCUUAAUGUUACAGUA